AGAUAUACGAAUAAGAGAGAGUUACUUAGGCCGACAGUCACUAGAUUUGCUACUUCCUUCAAUACUUUGAGGUCCAUCCAUAACCAGCGGCAGAAUCUCAGAAAAAUGUUCACCAGUGAUGAAUGGACUACUAGUCAGUGGUACAAAGAGGCAUCCGGAAAACAGGCAACUACUACUGUGUUGAAUGAUGCUUAUUGGAGACAUAUUGUCCAUGCACUCAAAUUGGGUUCUCCUCUUAUUGAGGUGUUGAGAAUGGUUGAUGCUGAGCGCAAGCCCGCGAUGGGUUAUAUUUAUGAGGCUAUGGAUCGUUGUAAAGAGACCAUUUCCAAGUCAUUCAAAGGAAACGAAGAAAAGUAUAAGAGAGCAUUUGAUAUAAUUGACUCUAGAUGGAAUGAUCAAUUGCACAAACCAUUGCAUGCUGCAGGUCAUUACUUGAAUCCGACUGUCUUUUAUAAAGAUGUGAAAUGUAUUUUGGCUUGUUCAGAGGUUAUCGAAGGCUUGCACGAGUGUAUUCUAAAACUGGUUCCCGACAUAAAUAUGCAAGAUCAGAUCAUGAAAAAGGAAACGGCUUUGUAUCGGGACGCUGUUUCCUGUUUCGGAAAUCCUUUAGCUAUUCGACAUAGAAAUCAAAUGGCACCAGCUGAAUGGUGGAAACAUUAUGGGUCUAAGGCACCAAAUUUGCAAAACUUUGCAAUUCGAGUCUUGAGCCUAACUUGUAGUGCUACUGGCUGUGAGAGGAAUUGGAGUACUUUUCAACAUAUUCAUAGCAAAAAGAGGAAUCGUUUGGCACAAGAACGAUUGAACAACUUAGUGUUUGUGAAGUACAACAGAGAUCUUGAGCGAAGAUUCAACAUACAAAACGUCACUGAUCCUAUACUCCUAAGUGACAUUGACGAUAGUAAUGAAUGGUUAAUGGGUAGGAUGGAGGGGGAGGAUGAGGAUGAUGAUGCGGGGGGUGAUGAUUUUGUCUUCCAAAAUGAGUCGCUCAGAUGGAGAGAUGUUGGUAGAGCUUCUGGUGUGUUGGAGCCAUCUCACAAUACUAGAGGCAAUACAAAUACUCGAGAUCAUGCCUCAAGCUCCAAGUCUACUCGUAUUCUUGUGGAUGAAGAUGAAGAGAAUGAAGAUAUAAACUUGGUUGGAGCAGAAUUUGAUGAAGGAGAAGAUGACUAUCAUCUAAGUGAAGAUGAUAUAUAACUUUCUUUAGACAUUUUCAGACAAUGGUUCAAUUAUUUAUUUUGUCUUAUUCUUAAGACUUAUGAAUUGUUUUGAUAUUUUGAUAAUUUCU